CGGAUAUUGGCAGGCUUGCUCGCGUAUGUUUGCAAAGAAGAUCAUGUCUAUGUCUAUGUGUUGGCUAUUUGAGUACCGGUAUUGAAAAUCAACGAGGCGCAACUGUUCUUAGCCAAAUUUCACGUAGGAUUAGGAUCGACUGUACCAUCACUGUCAUGACCAUUGGUUCUCCUGACUAUUUUAUUGAGUGAGCAUUCACGAUAGUAACGUAGUACGAGUCAGACCAUUAAGACCUCUGUUUCACCUGCCAAGAUGACUGCCAUACAACAGCUCGUCGACUUAGAUAAGAACAAGGUGACUGAAAAGGAUGAUAAGCCACAUUGCAAAGAAUCACUCAUUCGUCCUCACCUCAAUGAUUAUGGAUCAGCAUCAAAUCUUGCCUUCAAUGAAGCUGUGCACAAGAUGAUGGCAGAAGGUAGAAAUAUCUACCACUUUGCUUUUGGCCAGUCGCCUUUCCCUCCUGUAGAAGGUGCGAAAAAGGUUUUGGCUGAGAAUGCAAAUGAAACUGCAUACCUUCCUGUUGCAGGCCUUAGUGAACUUCGAGCAUCCAUAUGUAGCUUCCAUGAAAAACGAGAUGGAUUAAGACUUCAAGAUGAUUUAGUUGUUGUUGGCCCGGGAUCAAAGGAGCUCAUCUAUUUGCUCAUAAAUGUCUUCAAUGGAGAUAUUCUACUCUUAUCACCUUCCUGGACAACAUACAAGCCACAGACCCAGCUAGCAAAUCAGAGAGUCUUUACUAUCAAAACCACCCUUGAAGAUAAUUGGAAACUAACCCCUUUUCUUCUUGAGCAGACCCUGCAACAACAUGAGCUGAAGAGGAACCGACUUUUGAUUCUCUGCAACCCAGACAAUCCAACUGGCACUGCAUAUAGCGAGGAGGACUUCAUAGCUCUAAGCUCUGCCUUGAGGAAACAUAACAUCAUUGUGCUUAGUGAUGAGAUCUAUGCUGCAACAAACUUUGAAUGCUGUCACAAGACGCUAGCCAAGUAUUAUCCCGAAGGUACUGUUCUGUCUAGUGGAAUUUCUAAAUGGGCUAGUGCCGGUGGAUGGCGGCUAGGUUACAGUAUCUAUCCACCAGAAUUGAAGGUUUUACACAAGGCUGUACGCAGUGCUGCAAGUCACACUUAUUCAUGUGCCUCAGGACCUGUACAACAUGCAGCUGUUUGGCUCUUUCGUUUUGAUGAGGAGUGUGAGAGAUAUGUGUAUCACACAUCAAAGAUCCUUCAGGCUGUAGCUGCAUUCUGUCACAGAGAGUUGACAUCUGUUGGAGUGAAAGCAAUCAUGCCAAGAGGAGGAUUCUAUAUCUUUCCUGAUUUUGAGGUGAUACGUGAGGCCCUGGCAAGGAGAAACAUCACAACUGGUGAAGCCAUGUGCAAGGCACUGUUAGAGGAAGCAGAUGUAGCUGUUAUGUCUGGUGGUCCAGCCUUCCUUCGUCCUGAUGAUGAGUUCACUGUGCGCCUCUGCUACAUCAACUUUGAUGGUGCCUUUGCUCUUAAGGCUAGUCAACAACAUUCUGAUGAACCAAUCACAGAUGACUUCUUAAAUCUGUAUUGCAAACCUGUUGUUGAAGGCAUCCUGGCCAUUAAGAACUGGGUUCAGAAGCAACUUGAGAGUGGCAAGUAGUGUAGACUCAAUGUCAUGUGAUUUUUAUUCAAGUUUAUCAUAGCAGGUUAAUGAUGAUUACAAACAAAUGCUCCAAUCACCUGUAAAUAUUAUGUGUGAUUGGAGUGCUUGAUUACUCUAAUAUUAUAUCUUCUGUCAUAUUUUUGUUAUAGUUACCUACAUACAUGUAGAUACCUUAUGAAGUCUGACUGCAGGCAUAUAAUGCAUAUAUUUAGUUCUAGAGUUACUCUCUUUCAGAAGGCUGGUGUAUCUUGAUUGAAAUUUAGAAUUAAAAAAAUGUAGAAAUAUUUUUGUAUCAUGAUAUUUUGUUUAAAAGCCAUCAAAAUAUGUAUAUCUAUCAUAUAUCUUAAAAGGUCAAGAAAAGUAUACAAGGAGGUGGGAACUUUCCACAUAUAUGUCACAACUUUUCUUCUUUAUUUUAUAUUUUCAUCACUCUCAUCAAAGAAGUUCAGUAACUUUGAUCUUACAUAUUAUCAAAAGGACUCAAUAGAUUUUAACAAGAAAAUUAAUUUGAAUAUUUGCAACUUUAAUUAAUGCAAUCGAUUAGAAAAAAUGUGAAUUUUGUAUUAUUGGCUCAUCGAUUUGGAAACACAGCCAUAAUCACUUUUCCAUAAAAUGAGGCAAACUUUAAAAUGUGAUUUUUAAAUCCUUUUUGUGCCGAGUGAUAUUUCAAUAUUAUCAAAAUUAUGCAAUAUUGGAUAAUAGUUUGAUGAUUAUGAAAAGUUGAUCACUAUUUAAUGACCAAAAUGGUGUUCUGUGUUAUUUUAAACCAAUUUAAUAUUGGUUCCCAAAUGCCUGCAUUUCAUGGAAAGCACUGAUUAAAGCCUUACUUUCAUUUCCUCUCUUCCCUGCUCUCAUGGAAUUUGAGCUCAUAAUGAAAUAUAUGAUGAAUUUUCAGACUCUGAUAUAUAUCGUGUUAUGGGCAAUAUUUUGCUCGCAAUAAUUGACUAACAUCAAAAU